AACUUUCUCCUCAUUUCGUCGGCUGUUUUCUGAGGAAGGAGAUUGAGAUUUGGCGGGUCCGCCUCUAAUUCAGCAUGGCGGCUCAAUAAAGCGGUACAGCGGCAACUCGCAACAGUGCACAGCACUGGGCACAAGUGCAGACUUUAAAAAUGGCGUUCCACAAUGGGCUUCUCAGCUUUGCUGUAGUCGGCAGCAUAGAAAGACUCGACCUGCAGACCCAGUUUUCUCUCGAAGAGUAUUUCAAAGUACAGAAAGAUGUCAGUUUGGUUAGAUUCUCCGUUCUCGUCCCUGCAGGACUGCAUGUCCUACCUCGAUUCGCCGUUUCUGAUGGCUGACGGGGACCCGUGUCUCCUAGAUGUAGACUUGGAGGCCGGGCCGGUGAAGUCUUGCCUCACACCUCACCAGUUUGGUGGCAAUGAGGGAAGUGAAUUGUCCUCCCCGUGUCCAUAUCUUGACCCUUUGGACACAAAUAAUGUGGAGGAUGCGUUCACCGGCUUGGACUGGAUGGCAAAGAAGGUGGAUCUCUUUGACACUGGUUGUCCAGAUCUGCUGGCUGCUUUGGACAGUUCUUGUAAUCUUUUGGAAGAACUGCCUUUUGAACCCUUGCCAGCCAAACAGGUAGCAGAUCUUGGCCUGAGCCUGGAUCUUGAGUCAUUCCCAAAUUCACCCCAAGGAUUAGAUCAGCUGUCUCCUGGUACCCCUGCAGUUGUCCCAGAAUCCACUAUCUUUGACUCACUCCACUUAGAAAAGGUAAUUAACUCAGAUGUUGAGAAGCCAGACAUGAUUUUGACUCAGUCAUCACCGCUGCAGGAUUCUUGCACAGAAACAGAUGAAGGGCCAUCAUUAGAUUCUGACAGUGGUCUUGGUUCUAGUCCUCACUCCCCUGUUGAGUCUUUAGAUAGAAGUGUGUCAGAGAGAUCUUCCGAAGACCAGUCCUUGCUCAACAACUUCAGCCCUGCAAGGUCAAAACCAUAUGAUCGCCCUAGUGUGGAAACUGUAGGGUGUUCACCCAAAUUAAAAGGCAAUCGUCUGGAGCCGAAGAGUAUGGAGAAAAAAUUGAAGAAGAUGGAGCAGAACAAGAGUGCUGCAACGCGAUACAGACAAAAGAAGAGGGCAGAGCAAGGUGCUAUAGUCGCAGAGUGUAGCCUUCUGGAGGAGAAAAAUAAAACCUUAAAGGAAAAAGCUGAUUCAUUGACUAAAGAAAUCCAAUAUUUAAAGGGCUUGAUAGAAGAGGUUAGGAAGGCUAAAAGUAAAAAGCUUGUAACAUAGCACUAUGCUUUAGUUUUGUACAUACAUGUAGUGUUGGCUAAAUAUUGUAAUUUUAUAAUAAAAUUUGGAACAAG